GGUCUCGUUUAUGUUUUUGCAUGCGUUCUAGGAACCUCGCAUUCACCUGAAUUACCUGACUAGAGAUCUCGAGCAUUGAUACUAAUUCAUUUGAACAGUUAGCAAAAAAUCGAAAAUCGAGUACAGACGAGUACACAUGAUGGAGAGUAUACGAGAGAUGGAAAAGGACUAUGACAAAAGCGUGUUUGGCCCUCCGAAGUCACCUCUUUUCCGAGGCUUGGGUGUUCUCAGUGCCGCUGCUGUUUCUCAGGAAGAAGAUCGAGUUUCUACAACCGACCACAGAAAAGCUGGAUAUGAACAUAAAAAAUCUGCGGCUCCUUUCGAACGCUUAGAUCGCAGUUCGGGCUUUGUUAUGGGGAGUCGCAGUGGUGAUAAGUCCAAGGACACCCACGGGGCCAGUACGACCACCCACAAAAACUCUCCGCCGAGCGACCAUAGGGACGGAUCAGAAAUGGCUCUCGAUACAACACUCAGUCGCUUGUAUUCUCCAAAUGUGCCACAAGUCACCAAGAAGCAGCCUAACCAUACUUGUCCUUUCAAGCAUAAUCACUCAAUCGGUAGAUUUUGUUUCAAUUGUCGAUGUAUGAAAAUGCCAUGGGGAGACAGACUUCCAGUAGCUCUCGACACGAAAGGCAACAAAAUCAAAGUCCCCCCACAAGGUGCGUUGUUAGAAGGUGUAAGAAACUUGACUGAGCCCCACGAGAUCGCCCAGCUUGCUCUGCUUAUCGAGUUUCGCAUCAUAGAACAAGAUCUCGCCACUGUUCCCGGCCUUGUUGCAGCUUUCCAAUUCUUUCCACAUUUGCAUGAUGUUGCUCAUAGAGUUGCAGAUAUGGUCAAGGAACUUCGAACAUUGGCUGAUGAAGGUGAGAGUGAACGAGUACCACAAUGGUUCGACACACUCCAUGAGUUAUUAAAACAUCCAACUUCAACUCACGACCAGUAUUUCGCACAGAUCACUGGGGAGUGGAACUUCCAAGCAAAGAAACCAGCACCACCGGUCCAAGAAGCUCGAAUCUCCACGCGAGUUUUCACCGGUAUCCCAGCAAUGCUCACCAGAGAAGAUGCAAUCAACUAUGAUAGAAAUCGAGACGGUCAUACCGUAGCUGAGGUCGACGAACUCAUUGGUCAUCUCAAUAGGAACGAGAGUAGGGGCCCAGGAUAUGUUCAAUUUACGUUUGACUUUGUGAGUUGGUUGAGGGAAGGAGCGCAUAGCACUGGUAAUGAUGCUCCGCAGUGGAGUCCUCGCUAUACCCAAGAGUAUUAUAAGCAUUUGUAUCCUGCGCCUGCAUUGGUCAAACGAACCACAAAUAAUCGCGAACGAUCGCAUGGUCAGCUGGAUUUUACAAGUCGUCGGAACUCGACACCCGCAACACCACGUUGUAGCGAAGAAACCUCCGAAGUUGAGCUCUACGACAGCAAUGAUGAAGAAGAAGAGCUUGAAGGAGCUUACUUUCGUAAGCUUCCAGAAGUCAAGAAGAAUACACCAGGUCGUGCCAAUGUUACGUGGCGUUUCGUUGAAGGAACAGACAUCACGAAUGCUCAACUCGGUACACCCGAUCCUAGCAAGUUUUACUUGACCCGCCAGAAUAUCGAUGAUCCCAAAGAGGUUGAUCUUCGUCAAUACGCACAGAUUGCCGGAUUUGACUGGAAUAAUCCUGCGGAUAUCAAGAAGCUCAACAAGGCUAGGGCUCAGAAUCGUAAGCGUACCCAUGGAAACAUCGCAGAAACACGAAUCCCAUGGACACAGCUGGAGAAGGAUAAACUCUUUGAAGAGGUACAAGAUGCAAUUAGGGUUGGUGAGACGAGACAUACAAUUGACUGGGAUGAAAUUGCAGACCGACUCAGACAGAGAUUCGACGGCUUUGUACAGAAGAAGGGAUCAAAAUUGGCACCAGGGGUUGAGAGAGAACCGAAGGAUGGCAAAAAAGAUAGAACUCUUAAGACCAGUCGCAGCGACCGCGUAGGUUACAAUCGUACUGGCUCUGCAACCGAGACACAAGCCUUGAAAUACCCAGAUAUUCUCAAGUUAAUUAAUGAUGCAACUGGACUUGGUGGAAAAGGGGGACGUGGCAUGCUUAGAGGUCCUCGCCGACUCUCGAAAGUUGCUGGCGACGAGAAGAAUAGUCGACCAGCAAAACAAGCCACACGCUCCCCACGCCCCAGCUUUUCAGAGGCCAUCGAUGACGAAGAAGAUGAAGAGGUCGACCCACCAACAAAGAAACACAAAAGUGGCAGAGCUUCCGGAACGAUGUAUAACGCGCAGACCGCAGAAUCUAAUCGGCUAACAAAGCGUCCUCAGAGCAUCCCUAGCCAGAGCUUCUUGCACAUGUUUGAUAAUGUACUUGAUGAAGAAAAUGAUCGUCCAUCAAAGAAAGCAAAGAUUAUCCACCGUCGUUAUUCAAGCAGUCCACCACCUCGUAUGCUAAAGAAGCAUUAUGGUGACGACGAGGAUGACAGACUACCACCUACGCCAUCCCGAUCAUCAGCAUUGAAUGCUGCGCUUGGCUUGAGAUUUCCAAAGAGUAGUGCAAAGCAGUUUGACGCCACUUUCAUCAGGAAAUAGGCGGUUUUCAGAUUCAUACUCGCGGAACACUCACUUACUACGUUUUGGUAUCCGGCAUGCUUCCUCGCCCUUCUUAUCCACGCAUAGAUUCUAGUUUUGACCAGUGCACCAGGUUAUUUCCUCGGUAAUCGACCUCAGUUUUUCACAAUUUUCAAUUUUCAUCUGACAUACCGAGGAACACAAGAUUUCCAACGCGAAUUUUCAAUAUGUACGACUCAUCCUCCUCGAUAGUACGACUACAAGUUUAGCAUGAAUUCCAUUCACAAAAAACACAUGCAAAAGGAAUUUUCUCAAUCAAUUUCGCCUACCAGGAGGCAUUUCUCAUGAACAAUGAUGUCACCAGUCUCAAAAACUCGGCAUUCGGCAAUCCUACACCACGCAAAAAAUUCUUUCUUUUUAGCUUUAGGGAUAGCGAACGGUAUGGUGCAAGUAGUAUGGAUAUGGUAGAGAUUACGAACGGAUGAUUUCAAUGGCGUACAUGCAGCUUUUUUUGUUUCCUUUGAUGCAAUAGGGUUGGGAUAUGUAUGAUAUUGAGAAAUUAUGAAGCACGUUUACGAUCAUGAUAUGAUGUAAAGUUGGCGGUUGUUCCUGACUUCUUUUGUGUAUUUGGGUUUAGGUUUGGGUUGGGUUGUGCUCCUUUUUCUUAUAGUGUAGGAUAAAAAAAAAUCGAGG